AUGUACCUGUGUAUGUAUGUAUACAUAGGCACUGGGCCGUACUUAAAUUGCAGUGAAACGACUACGUCAUCAUCUUCUACAUUCUCUACAUCCACUCCACUCAAGAAAUCGGCGCCAAAAUCCAAAUGGCGGAGCAAGAAGAAGCAGAAGAUAAUUGUAGACGAUCAGACGACUAUCACCAUAAUAACGGAGUCUUCCAAGAAGAAGGGAUUGUCUAAUGACCGCAGUAACGUCGAUAGCCCAUCACUACUCGUGGCAGACUUUCCUGACUGCUCUAAGCUCUCUCCUGUUGCCAAGUUGCACGUGGAGACGGUCUCGCAACAACAAAAUCAUCAGCAACUGCAACAACAAAAUCAUCAACAACAGCAGUUAGCAACGUCCAACCAGCAGCAACAGUUUCAGCAACAGUUUCAGCAAGAAAGUCAACUUCAGCAGCAGCAGCAACAGCAGCUCGAAGAGCAGCAGAAUUCGCCACAUCAUGAUCUAAGUAGCAGGAAGGAGAUGAUUGAGAUGCUGGACUGCGAAAUAACUCUGGACUACCUACUGAGGAAUGGAGCCAUCAACAUCGAGGAAUUCAAUCAACUUCGGGAAGACGAAGGAUCCGCGCCAUUCUACAACUACCAUUACCAGGAUCAAGAUGGCGAUCGCGAUCAUCAUCAUCAUCGUCGUGUUGGUGGUGGUGGUGAUACUGAUGCUGAUGUUCUUGCCGUUGAUGAAGGUGGAGAAACGAAGAAGAAUGGUGAUGAUGAUGAUGGUGAUGGUGAUAGGAAAGAUGAUGGGAAGAAGAAGAAGAAGAAAGGAAUUAAAGAUAAGUGUAGCAGCAGCAGCAGUAGGAAAAAGCAGCCGGAAUCAAUUUGUAACAACAACAACGAAAAUAACAAAGAAGCACAACCCAACAAAGACACGGCAGACUUCCAGUUGAAACAACUGGAGCAGCAUAGACAACAAAUGAAGAGGAACAAAAAAUUACUCGAAAUCAUCGAGACGCGAGGUCUACACGGCAGAAACCUCUUCACUAACGCGCUCCGACUGACUGGCCAACAUUUUCUGGCCAACAUGGCAGACGAUGGGGUGCGGAUCAGGGCCCUUAGUGGCUCAGGGUAUCUCAGCAAGUCCAGGCAUAAAGGUCAGGUCGAGUUAUAUAUGCGGGUCAAAUCAGUGCAGUCUAUAGACGAUGAGACCUUCAAGCUUGUAUCCAGGAUGCUACAUAAGGAUUGGAUCAGUCUGCAAGAUAUCCAAUCGAAAUUUUCAUCGCUAAGGAGGCAGCAGCAGCAGCGGAAUUCGGCUCUCUUAAACGCCCAAAUCAUCGACCACCAACAGCAGCAGAAUAAUAAUAAGAAUAAUAAAAAAUCUUUUAAUAAUAAGAGAAAUAAUAAUAAUAAAAAUGAUGAUGAUGAUAAGGGGGGUUGCUUUUGUUGCUGCUUUGGGAGGAAUAAAAUGAACGGUGCAGAUGAUGCGGUCAUGUUUGAAAAAAUGAAACUCAAUAACUUGGACGAUAUAGUGAUAGUACAGCAGCCCACAACAACUGCUACUACAAAUAAAAAUAGCCAUGGGCAGGAAGCAGUUGGGCUCCGUGAGGACAGUUUUGACCAUAUAGAUGGCGGUAGUGUUGAAGAUUUGAAAAAAGUUUCAGACAGUAUACAGAGGAUUUGUCAGAGUGUUUACGAUCAGUUUGCUGAUAAUCAUUCACCUCUCAACGCUAUGCUCGUUAGGUACUUCGAGCAGGACAGGGGCGUGUUGAUGCUGGAGACCAGCACAUGCAACAACAAACUCCUCAUCAAGUGCAUAUGUACUAAACUCGAUCAGGUCACGUCUAUAGACCAAGACAUAUCGAGCAACCGUCUGGCGACGGACGUGGAAAAAAUAUUGACCCGCUUUUUGCAAGAGACAGCUCAAGAUGAUGAACGCAUGACCCUGGAGUUCAAGGUCGCCCAAGGGUCAUUGGAUGAGAUCAAAGUUGAACUGACCAAUUGA